GAAUGUCGAAGAAUUACUAAAAGAUUUAAACGAAUUACUUAAAUCUUCGCCAGUGACCAAUAAAAUUAUAUCACCUUCAUAUGAACAAUCAUCUGAGCUCCAAAAUAAAAUAAUUACUUUGUGGAGAAGUUUGGCACGUGCUAGGAGAUUAAAGAAUCGAAUUAAUAUUCUUGUCUGUGCCUUUUAUUUGGGGCAACUACUGGAAACGGUCACUAAACAAGAAAGGACCAUGUGCAAUAAACUAUUAACUAGAUAUUUUAUCAUGGUGUCUGUAAGAACAUACUAUAUUUUUGAAAAGCUUGGUGUUGAGCAAAUUUGCAGAACUUCCACCAUGAAUUUAAGAAUGAUCUCCAGAUUGGAAUCCCGUGAAUUUCAAAAUUUAGUAAAAUUAACUGACUUAAUGAAAGAUGAAUUGAUUAAUGUUGAUGCUAAAUCACCCCAAGAAACAAUUUUGGAAGAGAACGACCAUUAUUCAGCUCGAUCCAAUUCAGCACAGUUUGAAGAUAUAAGCCAGUACAAAUUCUUAAUUCACAAAGAAGAUUUUAGAAAACUUGUGCCGAUUAUAUUUUCACCAAAAAUUAGGUGUACCCUCUCCUGUAAAAUAUGUGACUAUUAA